CCCGAGAGGGAUCCUGGUGCGGGCUCCGAUUUAUUAAUCUGGCGUGACCCGAGCCCUGAGAAACGGAUCAAAUUGUGUACACGCGCAGAAACCCUGCUUUCGAAUAGCGAUAACCCGUUUCUUGCUCCCUACGAUAUCUUGGAACCAUUUCAUUUGCCUUGCUAUUUGGUGGAUUAUCUCUAGCAUUCCGCCAUUUGUAUUUAGUCUCCGGUUUUAUACGCAAGAAAAAGAAAGAAAGAAAGAAAAAUGUCUCCGACACCACCGUCGACAACGUCUUCGAGUAACGGCGCAGUGUCGCCCGAAGGCCAGUUCAGAGUUGUGCGAAAACGAAAUCGAGUGCCUCUUUCGUGCGGCCCCUGCCGCCAUCGAAAGCUUAAAUGCAACCGUGCCCAUCCCUGCGAAAACUGCGUCAAACGUGGUGAUGCUCACUCCUGCACGUACGCGCAAACGAACGUCCGAAAAAAGAGCUCUCCAAGUCAGGCCGCUUCGAAUUCUCCAGAUGACAUGCAGAAUAGGAUUGAUCGACUGGAAAGUCUCGUCUUAUCAUUAAUGACCAAUGGGUCGCAAGCUGAAGGCCCCGCAGCGGCUAUGGCAGCAAUAUCUGGGACAAGCAGUAGCAUCGGUUCCGCUCAAAAUAUUCUUGAUCUGGAUGUUGACGAUGAACCGGUUCAGGAGGAGAGUGACACGGAACAGGUUACCAAGUCAUUUGGAAUCAUGAAGUUUGACAACAAUAAGUCGUACUAUAUCAGUGACGCACAUUGGGCGUCUGUUCUCAGCGAGAUAUCGGAAGUCCGUAAUUAUUUUACCACGCACAAGAAGCAAUACGAGGAGCAAGCUGAGAGGCUCAAAACCACACGGCUCCCCACUGAUGUUCCGGGGUCAACCCUGCUUUUUGGGGCUAUGAAGCCAACUAGUCGAGCAGAAAUUAUGUCUUCGUUUCCCUCAAAAUAUACAACAGAUAUGCUGAUAGCGCGCUACUUCAACUGUUACGACCCCGCAACUCAUUUUCUUCAUGGUCCUACCUUCCAAGCUCAAUACAAUAAACACUGGGAAGACCCCUCGCAGACUUGCAUCGUCUGGAUUGGAAUGCUAUUUGCCAUGAUGAGACUUUCUAUGCUGUCAUAUUAUCGUGAAGGCGACGAACCCCCUGAAUUCCGGGGUAAGUCGUUAGACAUGGCUGGCACAUUCCGGAACCUUGUGGCGCUGUGUCUGACGCUGGCUGACUAUACUAAGCCAUAUCCAUAUUUGAUUGAAUGCUUGGCUUUUCACCUCCAUGGCGACUUUUGCCAAACAAAAGAAGCAGAUAUUUCCGUCUGGGUCCUUGUUGGCGUAAUUGUGCGACUGGCCAUGCGAAUGGGCUACCAUCGUGACUCCAAGGCAUUCCCGAACAUUACACCUUUCCAGGGUGAAAUGCGUCGAAGGGUUUGGGCCUUUGUACGCCAAGCCGAUCUGAUGUUUUCUUGCCAGGUUGGCUUGCCCAGUAUGAUCCGCAUUGCAGAUAGUGAUACUGAGUUCCCGCGCAAUCUUUACGAUGAUGAUUUCGAUGAGAAUUGCAAGGAGCUUCCUCCCUCGCGACCCCCAAGCGAACCAACCCCACUCUCGUACCUUAUUACCAAAUCCCGUCUAGCACACGUACUGGGCAAAGCUAUCGAACAAGCCUCUUCUCUCCAGAGUACAUCGUAUGACAAGGUUAUGGAAAUGGAUUCGGAACUUCGUCGGGCAAGAGAUGUUAUCCCAGAGCACCUUCUCGUUCGUCCUAUUGAAGAAUGCCCGUUAGACCCCUUGGUUCUUAUCAUGUCGCGAUUUUCUGUAAUGAGCGUUUACCAUAAAGCGCAAUGUCUUCUUCAUCGAAAAUAUCUUAUCCGUGCACGGGAGAACCCGCGAUUCACACACUCGCGAAGAACUUGUAUCGACUCUGCCAUGGAGCUACUAAGGUUCCAGGCGAUGCUUCAUGCAGAAACGGGCCCGACAGGUCGAUUGCGAAGUCGACAGAACCGUGUCACUUCCUUGAGCUCCAGCGACUUCCUUCUCGCUGCAACCAUUGUGUGCCUUGAUCUCUACCAUGCAUAUCAGGUGCCUAGCGGUGGACAGACGUCUGCCGAUGCCUUUGCCUGGGGCAGAGAGCGGCGGGAUGAGAUGCUAGCUGCCGUCCAGCGCAGUAAGGAUAUCUGGGAUGAACUUCAAGAUGAGACCAUGGAGGCAUUCAAGGCUGGUGGCGCUCUUGGGGUGAUGCUAGGCAGGCUCAGGUCUGGAGUUGCCGAGAAGACCUCAGCGGGCCCUCCCGCCCUUGCGUUUGAGCCACAAGAUGAGAAACAGAGUGCAGCGAUGACCUUAGGCUUGCUUAGCAGCGGAAUGACUCCCCUCAGUCAAGGACCCUCGACAUUUAGCGAGACACCCCUGAAGAUGGCCGAUCCUCUCCUGCCAAAUUUCGGCGGGUUUACACCGGCAGAUUCAAUCCCUGGCGCUUCCUCUGUUUUCAGUAAUAUGUUCGGGCAGAUGCCCGACAUGCAGGUCAACUUGGAUUGGGAUGCUUGGGAUAAUUAUAUUCAAGGUCCCACUCUUGACACGUCGAACCCAUGGUGGUCUCCUGCGGACAUGCAACAGCAGCAGAGUCCAGGGCCAUUAUCAUCAACACAAUUACCGGGGGCGCAGACCAGCAGCCCCCAGGAAAGAAUGCGAUCGUUACCUCGAUCAAACAAUAUGUUUCCCCACAGCAAUGGGUUUGAAAACAAUGGCUCCACGUGAACAUGCAGGUUCUCGUCCCCAUAACUGAUUUGAAAAUAAAUUGAUCCUAACACCGGAGACGUCUCAUAUUUCCACAGUGCUUCCCUCUGGCUCAGAGGAGUAAAAAAGUUGGUUUCUGGGUAUUGUAAGUGACUUAGCCUGACCCUAACUGCGUCGAUAUAUGAUUGCUUUUGUUCUUCGCAUGCUUAGCUGGACAUGUGGGGUAUUCUUCGAUGUAUAUUCGUGGGUUUGAUGGCCACGGCGCUAGAUGGUGGUAAGUUAUCCUUAUUUGAUUCUUAUCACGCGGAGUUCUCUGGGAUCCUGUAUGACUAUUAUCUCCACUCUGUUGAGUUGAAGCAGUCUUUUUGAGAUCUUAUAUGAUGAAUGAUUAUAAUGGGACUAUUAUGUAUGUACGGAUGGAGGUGCAUGUCACUCUAAUUGUUCUGCAAUAGCUAUGGAAGGC